AUGGCUUCUGCAUCAUGCCACGUUGACUGGACAUCUUCUCUCGACAAGUACGAAAAAGGCUUUGAGAGUAUCUUCAUCGGCGGACCAGAAACCACCCAAGCCGAUCUCGAAGGUCUCUUUACUCAAGACUAUACAUCAAUUGUGGAUGGAAAGCGUAUCGAAUUUCCCGAAUUUGUUGAGCACAUUCAACAUCUGCGCCAGGUUACGACAGCUAUCAAAGUCCAAGUGACGCACUUCCUUCGCGAAGGUAACCAACUCGCCGAGCGUCAUUUUGUCACUGCAGAAUUCUCCAACAAACCUCCAUCUAAGUAUGAGGUCUUUCUCUUCGCUACCGUUGACGAGAGUGGAAGGAUUGAGAGACUGGUGGAGACUUUGAGGCAGACGGAUGGUUUGGAGGAGCAUAGGGAUCUGGGCAGCGCUAGGUCUUAA